AUGAGCCGAAACACACCUGAGGUUGUCGACCUGACAACCAGAGCACCCCAGCAAAAUCCAAUCUCUUUAUUAUCCUCCCCACCUGGCGCCUCGGCCCACGCAUCCUCGUCCCAACAUGCACAGUCAUCUCUUCCCCGUGGCGUCAAGCGCCGUAGACAUUGGAGCGAUGAGCGCGGCACAUCCUCCUCGACACCCUCCGAAGAAGAGCCUAUAGAAACGAUCGAUAUGACUGACGACUCGGGUGCAGCCGCACUCGCCCGGGCAGUAGCCAAACAGCAGGAGGAUGCCAUUAAAGCUCAGGCUGAAGAAGAAAGAAUUUCAAAGCUAUCCGCUAUACUGGCUUACAAAUGUCCCAUUUGUAUGGAGACGCCUGUGGACGCAACGAGCACCUCAUGUGGACAUCUCUUUUGUCACAAGUGCAUCAUCGACUGCUUGAAGAUGAGCGAACAAACACGCGGCGGUGACUCUUCGAAACAGCACAAGGGUACCUGCCCGGUGUGCCGCACGCCGAUUUCACGAAAGGAGACGCCUGGGAAGACUAGGAAUCUCAUUCCGCUGUUGUUUCAGACGAGAAAGCGAGGCGAUCUACCCGUAUCUGACCCAUAG